CACCUCAUCAAACAUUUUUCUCUACAUCAUCAACACAUAAACGUUUAGCUUCACCAACAUCAUCAAGAUCUCGUUCACCUCAACGUUAUUUUCGUUUACGAGAUCGAUUUUUUCGUUCAUAUGAUCAAAUAGAAUUGGGUGAUCAAUAUCAACCUCAUCGUGUUGCUAAUCAAAUUUUAAUUGAAAUGGAUGGUAUGAGUGCAAAGGAAAAUGUUUUUAUCAUUGGUGCUGCUGUUGGAUGUGAUAUUAUUCAUCCAAUAUUUUUUAAAACAGGUCGUUUCGAUCAUAUAAUUAUUAUUCCAUUACCCGAUGAACAAUCACGCUUAACAAUUUUUAAAGUUUGUUUAAAAAAUUCACCUGUAGCUGAAGAUGUCGAUUUUGAUUAUUUGGUUAAUAAAACGAACAAAUUUACUGGUUCUGAUAUCAAGAAUAUAUGCUUACGAACAGGCCAAUUGGCAGCACGUGAAUUUAUAGAAAAACAAGAACAAACAACAACAACAACAACAUUAAAUCAAUUAUUUAAAAUUAGCCGCUGCCAUUUUGACAAAAGAUCAUUAGUUCAUCCUGAUGAACCAUUUUAUUUUGCUGAUAUUUGUGCUGGUCCCGGUGGUUUUAGUUUUGGUUUUACAUUAAAAGGCAAAUCAGAUUUUGCUCUUCAAAAAUUUCUUGCUAGUACACCUGAAACAUUUGAUCCAUAUUAUGAUGUCAAAGAUCUUGAUGGUGAUGGUGAUAUAUUUAAAUCAGAAAAUAUAGAUGCUUUACAAAAUUAUGUAAAUAAAUGUACAAUGCAUAAUGGUGUACAUAUUGUUAUGGCUGAUGGAAGAUUUUCGGUAGAAGGACAAGAAAAUAUUCAAGAAAUUUUAAGCAAACAAUUAUAUUUAUGUCAAUUUCUAACAGCUUUGUCAAUUCUUCGACUAGGUGAUCAUUUUGUUUGCAAAUCAUUUCAUGUAUUUACUCCAUUCAGUGUGGGAUUUGUUUAUUUAAUGUAUCGUACAUUUAAUCAAAUAUCUAUUCAUAAAUUAGUUACAAGUCGACUAGCAAAUUCUGAACGAUAUAUUAUAUGUAAAGGUCUUCGUGAAGAUAUUCGAGAUAUUGUACGAUCAUAUAUGUAUGAAAUAAAUGUUCUUCAGAAUAAAUGUAAUGCUAAUUCUGAAGAUAAUGAUGUUCAAUCAAUUGUUCCAAUGCAUAUUUUAAAAGGAAAUAAAAACUUUUAUGAAUAUGUUCGAGAUUCGAAUAAUCAAUUGAGUGAACAUCAAAUAAGAAAUUUAAGAAAAAUUCGUGCUUUUGUUAGUAAUGCAACUUUGAGAGAUAAU